CGCGCUCUCUCUCUACUUGGUGGUGCUGGACUGCCGUGGGAGCGGAGAUCCGCCCGGGGCCGGGGCUCGUUUCCGCGUUUGUUGUUUUUCUCGGUCUCAACCAGUUGUAGCAUUAUCCAUCAAUAACAAUGCAUACCCCGGAAAACAAACCGCUAUGCUAUACUUCUAGAAGAUCAUCGCAGCAGAGGACAGGGUCCUCCUCGGAGCUGAUUCCUGUUUCAAAAAGAGCAACUCGCCAGAAUACUUCACUCAAGCCAGAUUCUCCUCCCAAACGGACAACAAGAAGCAGUGCUAAACUGGCGAAAUGUAUAAAGAACAAACAUGAUUGCAGUCCUCUGAAACACCGGCAGGGUUCAGGUGCGGCUACUGGAAAUUCUGCAACAGGACCGAUAAGAAGGAAGCAUAAACAGAAAAGGAAUAAUAAUGAGUGUGAUGAAGUCACUCGCAUGGAAAAAAGAGCAAGAUAUUUACUCAUCAAAAUAAAACAGGAGCAGAAUUUACUAGAUGCAUACUCCGGAGAUGGCUGGAAUGGGCACAGUCGGGAGAAAUUAAAGCCAGAGAAGGAGCUACAGCGUGCUAAGAAACAGAUCAUGAAAUACAAAAUCGCUAUCCGUGAUGUCAUUCACCAACUUGAUUUGUGUACUUCCAAUGGAACUAAGGAUGACUCUAUGAUGCCACCAGAUGGGUGUCAUGAGUCUGUCAAUGCACAUCAUACCAUAUGUUCAAGAUGCAACUCCCAUGAAUCAUUUCCCGACAAUAACAUUAUAUUCUGCGAGGGGAGCUGCAAGCGGGCAUAUCAUCAGAAAUGUUUGGAACCUCCUUUCGAUAAAAUUCUAUCCACUACCCGCCAUGGGCAGCUUUGCAAAUACUGUUUUUCCAAGAUAAAAAUUUUAGAAGCCAUUAAUGCACAUUUGGGAACAAGUUUUACAACGAAGUGCCCCUCCAAUGAUAUUUUCAAGGAAGCAACUGAAUAUUUAGACUCUGAUAAUGGGCUUGGAGAAGAUUGGCUAUCUGAGUAUUCAGGUGAUGAGGACUAUGAUCCUGAAGAAAAUGAGGCCAGCAGCAGCAGUGCUGAAGAAAAUAAAUCUGCUGAUUCCAAUUGUUCGGGGAGUCCACUUUAUUCUCCAAACGACGAUAUUCCAGAUUUUAUAUCAGCGGAUUUCAAUGAAGCUGAGGGAUUCUGUCAUGACAGUUCGAAUCUAGGCAUCGAUUUUGGUGAAGAUGGUUUGGCUGAGAUCCUUACCUACCAAAGGCCAAGAAGAGAUGUUGACUACACACAACUUAAUGAGCAAAUGUUUGGUGAGCCUAUUGGCAAUGGAGAGCCGAGUGAAGAUGAAGAUUGGGGUCUUAACAGGAGAAAGAAAAGAAGAACUGGUUCGACUGGUGCUGGGACUAACUCCGUAGUGGAUCUAUCAGAUGCCAUAUCCAAAGAGAAAGUCAAACCUCAGAGGAGAAAACUUUUCAGGAUUCCUCCUGCAGCAGUUGAGGUGCUUCGUAAAGCUUUUGCUGAAAAUGAGCUUCCAGCCCGGAGUGUCAAAGAAAAUCUCUCAACAGAGCUUGGUAUUUCUUUUGAAAAGAUUGACAAGUGGUUCAAGAAUACACGGUGUGCUGCUCUCAGGGAUAGGAAGGGUGAAGGUCGUAAUUCUGGUCCCAGCAAAAAGUCAAGAACAAGUAUAGAAAAAGCUGAAACUUCAGCUAAAGUGGAUCAAAUGGACAACUCAUGCUUUCUUCCCUUGUCUGAAAUCAUCAACGUGCCCACACGUUUACAAAAGAGUAUUGAUAGGAAGCCAAAAUCAACUAGCAGCCCUCCAAGAUCUCAUGAUGAUGAAGCUUGCUUGUCGCCGAAUGGUAAUAUCAAGGAGAGUGUACCACCUGCAAUCAAACCUUCCAUGGCUGAUUCUAGUCAACUAACGAAUAACAACAUUGGCACUGAGACUGCUGUUUCUUGGGUGGACACUUGGGCCUCUGAUGCUCUGCAUUUCUUGGACGUGAGUGAUGAUGAACAUUUCUUUGAUGUGAUCGAGAAGGUGUGUGGACUCGAGCAUCGGUUGCAGCGGUUGAAGGAGAACAUGCUAUCAUCAUCUUCUUCUACAGACAACAAUGUAGCUGCUGAGAAUGGCUUGCAAAACCAAGUUGUGCUUGUACCGGCUGCUGAGCUCAAGGACAAAUCAUAGGUCUGCAUCUGGAUCAAAUGCUUACUUCAGUUGGCCAUUGCCCAUAGGAUUUUAUACAGCAGAAAAUAGUAUAGAAGGGGCUGGAGUGUAGCUUUGCCCUGUUUAUCUUUGAACUAGUAUACCAGUGAACUGUUACCGUUCUAUAUGGAGGCACAGAUAAUUCGGAUUAGGUUCCUAAUGAUUUGCAAAAGGAGUUAGUUUAACUGUAAUCUUUCAGCUGAAACUUUUGUUCAAGAUGCCUGCGUUUACUGAUGUGAUGGUGCAAGCUUUUAUGCC